UUUGAGAAGGAACGACGCGCGUCUCUGCGAGUUACCGCCGCACGGGCCACCGUCGUUUGCUUUGCUCGGCGUUAAUACGUUCGUUGGUUUUUCGGUUGCUCUUUCGGUAGUCGAUAUUAUCGUUCCUUCCUUCGAAGUUAUCGCGAUUAUCAGUGCCAGGAGAGAUCAAAUCACCGAUCUCGUUAUCGAUGCCCGCACCUUGUUGGUCAUUCCACGGUACCGCGAUGGACCAUCGGACCGCGUAUUCCGUGUAAACGCAAUUGCUCCGGAACAUAAACAGCCAAGAGUGAGCUCGUGAUAAGUGAAGUUUUUUGACAAGUUAGUUUAUGGCAAAGUGACAGUGACAUUUCGUUUAUCAUAUUUAGCAGUGAACGUGUUGUGCAACGUCGACUAUAGUCCUCGAUCGUCUGCUUGACUAGUUGAUAAUUGUGUAUUUAAAUAUGCUCUAAAAUCUUACAGGAAUCUGCAGGCCGUUGGUCUUCCACCCUUACUCUACGGAGAUAUACUGCAAUUGGUAAACAGAUAAUAUCGCAUCAUUCGUGCAAGACGAAUUCCAGGGACACGGAACAGAGGCGCUCAAGAUACCACGCUCGAUGGAUCACGGAGCAAUGGACAGCUCUUCUGAACAUAGUAGUCGUGCCAGCCCAGUGACUGGUAGUCCGAAGAUUCCUCACAGCCCAUCAGCUCAACAGAUUCAACAACAGCAACUGCAUAGCUCUCAUCAUCAACUACCCUCUUCACAUCAGCAACCACAUCCCAGAGAUCAGAUCCGCGAGUUGCAACAACAUCGUGGUGUGCCAACACCCGGAUCUCCAACAAGAGGAUCACCACCUCAAGGUUUGCCACUAAGCCCACCACCCUUAUCAGCUGGAGGAGGCCCUGGAGCUCCUCCAGGUAUGGUGGCACGUAUGCCCGGGCUGCCGCCGCCCGGUUUGGGUCUCUUAGGCCAGCUUGGUGGCAUGCUUAGUGGGCAUCAUGGCUCUCCUCUAGAGCUUAUGGCUGCUCAUCAUGCUGUCAUGCCACCCAGAUCUUAUAACAGCCCACCACCAAUCAGUUCCAGUGACCCAACUGCAAAUGAGUGCAAGCUUGUUGACUAUCGUGGUCAAAAGGUAGCAGCCUUCAUCAUCGCUGGGGACACAAUGUUAUGUCUUCCUCAGGCUUUUGAGCUUUUCCUUAAGCACCUCGUAGGUGGUCUCCACACAGUGUACACUAAACUCAAGAGACUUGACAUCGUGCCGUUGGUGUGCAACGUGGAGCAAGUUAGAAUCCUUCGAGGUCUCGGUGCUAUCCAGCCAGGAGUAAAUCGGUGUAAAUUGCUCAGCUGCAAGGACUUCGAUGUCCUCUACAGGGACUGCACAACAGCCAGCUCCAGGCCUGGAAGACCCCCAAAGAGAGCUUCUGUUGGUCUCAGCUUAGCGGCAAAUCACCUUGCUGCAGCAGCUGGUCAUCAUCAUCAAAUGAAGAAACAUCGUAUGGACAAUGGAGACUACUAUGAGAAUGGACAUCUUGAUAUGCCCCGAAUGGAGAAGUCUCCCUUAUUGGCCAAUGGAUACAAUCACCCACCAACGCACCUGAGCCACAUGCAGUUCAUGCAACUGGGGGGCCACCCAGGCGCUGGUCAUACUGCCAUUUUGUCACCGGCCAGCUUACCUCAUCACCUACAAGCUCAGGCCCGCGUAGAACAGGGACUCAAGGUCAAUCAGAAUAUGGCAAACAUGGAGGCACUUGCAAGGUCCGGAGGGAUGGCAAUAUGGGACAACUGCAGAGCCGUAUACGAGGACAUUGCAAAACAGCUUGAAAGGCUGAAGGACGAGAGAAGUGAAGCAGAGAGGGCAUUAGCGUUAGACUGUAAACCACGGAAUCCUAGUUCGCUCAAUGGAUCUUCUAAUGGUCACAGUCCAGUUUUAAACUUGUCUAAAACUGCAGGAAGUGGUAGUGUUGGCGAACACUCCGGAAGUGAAGCUGGAGCGUCGCAUCGCUCCCAAGAUGAUGAAGAAGAAGAUGACAAUAUGUCAGAGGACAUCGAAGAUGAACACGACAAGGAUGAAGACCUUUCCGAUCUUCCGGAGAACCUACCACUUCCGGCGCGUGGUUCUGUAAGUCCUCAGGCCCUGAACUACUCCCAAAUAGCUUCGGCAGUUUCGCAGAGCACGCAGGACCCCUCAGUCUCGAGCACGGAGACCCUGCUCAGGAACAUCCAGGGUCUCCUGAAGGUCGCAGCGGACAACGCUCGGCAGCAGGAGAAGCAAAUCAACUACGAGAAAGCUGAACUGCAGAUGGACGUGCUAAGAGAAAGGCAAGUCAAGGACAGCCUCGAAAGACAACUUCAAGAUGAACAAAAGACCAGAGUGGUCUACCAAAAACGAUUGAAAAAGGAGCAGAGAGCAAGACGACGGCUGCAAGAUCAACUGGACCUUGAAGUUAAAAGGCGUACGCAGUUAGAAGAUGCACUUAAAGCUACGGGAGCCUCGAUAGAACAAGUCAAAGCUAUUACUGAAAAUGUCACGGUGGAGGCUAGGACGAGUAUAGAACCUUCCGAGGAGAAUUCGAUACAUUCUCAGUCCCAGCAAUCGAGCACCCAGCAGCCAAGCUGUCAACAACCACUUCAACAACAACAACAACAACAACAACAACAACAGAAGCAGCAGCAAGUUCAACAAUACCGAGAAGCUCAAGUUUCUCGUCCAUCCCAACAACCACCCACGCCGGAGAAACCAGGUUGGGGUUAUAGUGGACUGGAUCUCAUCGGCAGUCAGGCCUUCUGGCAGAAUUAUCAAGAAUCGUUGGCAGAGUACGAACUGGAAAGAAAGACACGUCAGCAUCAGAUAUCCGAGAGGGACCAGGUCAAGUCUCCUCUUCAAGAUGCACGUGCGGGUUACUACAAAAACUCCGUUCUAUUUACAAGUGCAACCUAGAUGAGGCUGGAUUACGCGUGAUAAUCACUAUUGCGUAUUGUCAGAAAUGAAAUAUCGAUGCCGAGUAACUCGAUCAUAGGCUAACUUCAAAUAAAUCGAACAAGCUGGGGUAGUAUUAAGUGAUCCUUCGAAGGCUUCUUGAGUCAAAGACUAGAAGAGAAUUUUCUAGGAAAAGCCUGGAUUGUGGCUUUCAGUGAUAUAACGGUCGUGCGAGUGUUCCAUGAAGAAGAUUGGCACGAACUAGAAUUUCCAAUAAAGCAAGCGAUCAAGAUAUAAACUUUCAGUGGUAAAGAGAUGGCUUUGUACGAACAAGAUUCGAAUAAUCAUUUAGGUUUUAUCAUGAAACAAGAAAUAAAGAAAUAAUGCCGUCAUGCUCUAUCCCCUGCGAUUGAGAAGGCGUAGUUAGAUCGUUAGUUGAGAACCCUAUUCUCGUCUGGUCCACCAGAAUCGUUUACUUAAGCAACAAAGAUAGAGUGCAGAGUAAAACUCGUGGCUGAGCUGUAGAGUUAUUAGGUUCGUGAAUUUAUAAAAAGAAAAAAAACGUGUCAAAACGAUGGAGGCAUAUCAAAGAUGCAUAUAAAAUCCAUCGUUACCUAUUUCGCGAUUCCUCGUGUUUUGUACUAUGCUGUUUUCUCGUCCUUAGAUACGAGGAAUCGCUGAAAUCUUUUCAAAGUACUCUAAACGCUCGAAAAUUUCAAACUCAAGUGGCCAUAAGUAAAGAAAAAAGAAGACAACUUGUAACACCAGAUGCGCUAGUGUUUUGCCUCUCUUUAUUCGAAAAUUCACGUUUCGACAUCGUGCUCUCUAUACAUUUAUAAACAUGCAUUAAAAAUGUAGAAAAAGAAAGCGAAAGAGAUUAAAGGAAAAGAAGUGGAGCGAAAAAAUAGAUAUUUAUAAAGACCGUUUGAGAGUGUUUGCGAGGCGUAUAUGCAUUUCUAGAGGCAUACCUAUCCUAUAUAGAAUGAGAAACUAUUUAAUUAUUACUUUUAGAAGCACUACCAGCAGCUCGUUGUAGCCAUUACCGAGCGCGAAAAACGUUCGACCAAUCGUCACUGCACCUCAUUCUCCAGCAAAGAAUAUUGUAACGCUGAAAAUAGAAACUGAGUUUUAGAUGGAAUUUAAGGUUGGUAAUAUUUGUUUUUUCAGAUCUCUCUGAUCACAUAAGUUAUGGGCCUAGAAACGGAAUGUAACCUCAUUCUGCCCAUGUAUGCAAUUGGUGCGAUUCUUCAAGUAAGAUAUUUUGGAACAAUUAUUAGAUCAUCUGAAAAUUGAUUUCUCUUAUAAAAUAAAAACAUUGCAAUAUUCGUCCUGGAUAAACCAUUAUGAGGAGUGAAUUCGAACUUCCUAGUAGGGCUUUUGUAACAUCCAAAGUAAAUCGGCCCCUUUCAAACUGGCAUGACGUGACGUCAAUCUAAUCGCGGUUCUCGAAAACUGUAAUAUAGCAACGACGGAUGACUUGUAGCAUCUUGAACCUAACACUUUAUUUAUAUGAAUAACAACUUAGUCAUUUAUCGACCGAGUAAGUCUAAUCCAUGUGCAUGUGUCUCCCGUUACAAUUUACGUAUUAUGUACAAUCCUCUCGCGGUAAAAUAUUUUCGUGUUUGAACAAAUAUUUACAAUAAAUAGAAAGGCAAAAGAAAAAGGUUAUAAAAAAGGAAAAGCAGUUAUUUUCCACGAAAAAUAUUAGUCGGAGGUGCUUGCGUAUGUAAGAUCCAUGUACAAAGUCUUUCACCCGCAAGUUUCUUGUGUUGCAAAAUUCACAUAUUCAUAUUGUCUAGAUACUGGCUAAUUCUAUUACAAGGCGUUAACUUUAGAUUCAAAAAUUUAAUCACCGAUGGCUGCUCCGUAUUCCCCAUUAUCAUACAUGUAGACUAGGGUGGUCUAAA